AUGGCAAAAUCUCAGGAGUGGGAAACGACAGAUGUCUUGAUCUGCGGAUGCGGACCAACGGGUGCCAUGUUAUCGGGGUAUUUGGGCAAACUCGGAGUUCGAAAUAUUGUUCUCGAGAAGGAACCUGACAUCACGACUGAUCCGCGGGGAAUUGCUCUCGAUGAUGAUGGGAUUCGAUUCUUGCAGGGGCUUGGAUUGUACGAGCAUGUUUUUACUAAAAUGGGAUCGAAUAUGCCUAAGAGCGAAGGAAAUACAGGUCACGUCGGAGUCCUUGCUCAUAAGCAACCAAUUCUCGAGAAAUAUCUCCGUAUUGCCAUGAAAAAAGCUGCCGAAUGCGAGCUACGAUGUAGCUGCGAGUUGACAUCUAUUUCCGAAGACAAGGACUGGGUAUAUGCUACAUACAAAGAUGUCUCGGGCACGGAGCGCAAGAUACGCGCCAAGUUCCUCGCUGCGGCGGAUGGCAAAACUGGAUAUACGCGGAAGAUGUACCUGGAACCCAAGGGAGUUGAACUGAACUGGGCUGAACAAACAAAGUAUCAAGAAACCUGGGUCGCAUUGAAUUGGCAUCUACAUCUCCCAACGCCAAAGACACACCCUACAUUCCCAUUAUGGGAUCUCGGAUACACCCCAGAGCAGGUCUACGAUCUAUUCUUCCCCAACGACUUUCGGUUCCUUUGUAAUCCCGUUCGACCCGCGGUCUGUGGACGGUUCGGUCGUCCGGAGGAUCGAUUGUGGCGGUUUGAAUUUGUGAUUAUGCCUGGUGAGGAGGAGAUGGAGAUGGCUGGGCAGGAGAAAGUGCGUGAGGUGGUUUAUCCUUAUUUGACGCAUCCUGGGAGUCGAUAUGGAUUGAAAGAGGAUGUUGAGUUUCCUGAGGACUGUAUCGAAGUCCUACGAUCAAGACCUUUUCGAUUUUCUGCUCGAAGCUGCAAUAAAUGGGCGCUCGACAGGGUGAUUCUCUGCGGUGACGCAGCCCAUGUCUUUCCACCAUUCGGAGGACAAGGCAUCACAUCCGGAUUCCGAGACGCCAUCUCUCUAGCCUGGCGUCUCUCCAUCGCUUGUUCGUCUAACCGCCAACUCGACUACGAGCACCUUUUCAAAGGAUGGUACCUCGAACGAAAGCAACAACUGGACAAAUCUCUCGCCUCAACCGUCCACAACGGCGAUCUCGUCAAUGGAAGUAGUUUCAUGCACCUCUUCAUCCGCAACUGGGGUCUCUGGUUCCUCCAACUCAUUCCUAGCUGGAAGCAUUGGCUCGAACGAGGUCCUCGUGGCGAAGGUCCAACGCAGUACAUCCACUCCCCAGGCAUGCCAUUCAUACCCGAGUAUAACGGUGGCCUGUACUUCCCUCAGACAUAUUGCAUUUCUUUACAAAAGAAUGCCGAGGUGCAAUUCACCGACGAUGUGAUCUUCGCCGAAAAAAGAUCCCAUUCCAGAUCGUGGUACUCCUGA